GCCCCACCCCCAAUUCGUUCGACAGCUCGCCAAAAUCGUAGGCAACUUGGACUAUUCAAGCACCCAGCGCUCAACACCCUGGACGCCGACCGUCGCCGCGCGAGAAACUCUCUUUGUGACGUCCGGGCCACAAUGAGGAACGACCCAUGAAAAUACGCAGUCGAGUGGACGGGUCCGUCUGCGGCGCGGUCCUCGCAAACCGUCCGAGGGCGACCCUGAGGUCCGUCCAGACGACAUCCCAGAGGACCUUCUGCAACAGGCCGACGCCUCCAGCAAAAGUCCUUGCGCAACCGACGACUUGCCCGAGGACCUCAAUAUGGCUGCUAUCAACCUUUAUGCCCGUCCCCAGAGACUGCCAGCUGCGUCCUUCCCGGCAGGACGUGCGGCAGUACAGCGUCGCCACGGCGGUUGCCUCCGGCUCGAAACCAAUGGCCCAUCGACAGGCGCCAUUGCCGGCGCACAACACCAAACAGCUUUUGUCAUUUGUUGACGGUAGAGACGAGGGCACUGCGGAGGAGCACUUCGACUUCCAUCGCGAUCCGUAUCGGAGGGGCUACGCCAUGCCCGACGGACCAAACCUGCGCGUGUCCGACAAGAAACACGAUGUGGAGUAUCCUUCCCGUGACGAAACGCUCAGAAUCACCGACAAUACCCAGCAGCGGCUUGCGCGGCUCUACGCGGCCAUCGGGCAGAGGCUGCGCCACCCCAAUCGGGUGUCCCUGGACGCGAUAUACAAGCUAUACGGCGAGCUGCCUGAACCACGAAUGCUGCGUUUGACUUGGCAAUGGAGGAAUCGACUAUUGAAGGUCAUGGGCACGCCAAGAAAACGAGACAUGGAGUCGAUGCUUCGCUACUUUGCGCUCCUUGCCGACGUCAAGAACGCUGGCCUCACCCUGCGACGAUCGCACUGGAAUUUCGCCCUCGCCUUCGCCACCAAAUAUGCCGCUCGAACGACGGCACAAGAGAUGGAGUCAGCCUUGCGGCUCUGGAGAGAAAUGGAAAAGGAGGCAAACGUUCUGGGAAACGACGUCACAUUCAAUGUGCUUUUCGACGUUGCGGCAAAGGCGGGCAACUUCACGCUCGCGGACAUGAUAUACAAGGAGAUGGAGAAGCGGGGCAUCGAGUUCAACCGGUUCCACCACGUCAGUCUCAUUCACUACUUUGGCUUGAAGCUCGACUCUGGAGGCAUACGCGCCGCCUACAAGGAGAUGGUAGAGUCUGGCGAAAUGAUUGACACGGUUGUGCUCAAUUGUGUCAUCUCCGGUCUUUUGCGGUGCGGCGAGGAGGAGGCGGCGGAAGAAACCUACGAGCGGAUGAAGAAAGGCCACGCCCUCGCCUCCGAAAUGCCACAGCGCGAUUACAUGAUGAACAAAGUCAUCACGAGGGUCCUUAUGAUGUUCACUAAGGUCGGCAAGCAGCACCCGGAGCUCAGAGAGAAGCUGCAGACAAACGUACGGCUCACGCCAGACCUGCAUACAUAUAAGCUGCUGGUGCAGCACUACGCCACCAGGGUGGGCAAUCUCAACAAAGUCGCCCAGUAUCUCGACGAGAUGAAGCAUCUAAAAGUACCGAUACACCCGACCAUCUUCCUUGCGCUCUUUAAAGGGUUCUACAUGCACGGUGGCUUCUCCGGCUCCGAUUGGAGCGAGCAGAGGCUCCAGGGCGUCUUGUCUGCACUAUACCAGGCUCGCGAUGAGCACGCCAAGGCCUUCCGAAUCGAUCGCUGGGUCGUCAUAUGGGCUUUGAGGGCUGUCAAAAAGUGCUCAUCGACUGAGGCUGUGGUGCAGACGUUUGAUGCCAUGUCCCAGCGGUGGGACAUACCACCGGAGCGCCAGCAAUUCAUGCAUGCCAUAUUCGACAACAUCAUCCAAGACAAGGACAUGAAGUCGCCAUGGGGUAAGUGGGACGGGUCGACGCAUCGCCGAGGCAAACGAGAUGGGUCGUGGCUAUGAUCAGAGCCACUUUACAUGUACACUUCAUCUGCAUAUAGCAAUACCCCAGUCGCAUUUGUAUUCCAGCCCAUUGUCUUGGGGCGCGACGCCGUGAAUGAAGCACGAAUUUGCAUAUCGCAGGGCGUCAUAUCGGUUUCGAAUGUGGCUAAGCACGGCACGUGUCGAUCGUAUCGAUUCGGGCUGACAAAUGGAACUUUGUUUACAGUGAUAUCGACCGCUGCCCAACAGUCUAUCGAAUAUGCCGGGACAGCUGCUCCAAACAAUAUCUUCCUCGCCUUGAACAAGCCACCCAGAUUUCCGUCUCAAGCUUACUGCUCCUUGUAG